AUGUCAACAUCACCACAACCUGCCACCAACCAUCCAUCACAUGCACACAGCCCCGCAGCUACUGACCCGACGGUCAACUCGGAGGAUACCAUCCUGUUCUCCAAGGUGUACGAGGAUGCCUGGGGCGGGCCCGAGGUGAGCCGGACCGAGAUGGAGCGGGCGCGCAUCUUCCUGCUGCGCAUGGCCAUCAUGGCUAUCGACGGGCAGGCCCAGAUCUCGGAGCUUCGGGCCAUCAUCGGGGACGAAAGUAACCGCACGGUGCCCGGCAUCGCCUGGGCCAUUCAGAUGCGCAUCUACGGCAACCGCCACGCCGACUUCGCCGCCACGCCCCUGCUCCAGGCCGUCCGCUUCAUGCUCAUCAAGGCCCGCGUCCCGCAGAGCGGCUUCACCGACCGGUCCCGCGCCGUGCUGGAUUUCUUUUUUGACCCGACCCUGCACCGCAACCUUAACCCCUUGCCGCCCGGGGAGCUGGUCCGCUACCCGUAUCCCUCGGGUCGACUGCGUGUGUGCAUCGUCGGCGGCGGGCCGACUGGUCUCGCGUCGGCCAUCUCGCUCGCAGAAAAGGGUCGCGGCAAGGUAGAGGUGCAUGUUUGGGAGCGGAGGUGGGUCACGACGGAGAAGGGAACGGUCGACUACCCGCCCACUGCGCGCCGGCGGGACCAGGUGGUCACCCUACAGGACUCGGUCACGAGCUUGCUCAGUCCUCGGACGUUUGAGGCGCUUUUCGAGGGACGGCCGGAGCGGGUAUGGCCCGGCUCGGCCAAUAUCCAGAUCCGCAAGGUGGAGGAUAGGUUGCUGAGCCGGUGUCAGACCGACGAGUUCUACGGUCUGAUCCACCUGCACGCCGAGGGCGUCACGAGGGAGGAGCUGGCGGCGGGCAAGUGCGGCGAUUUCCAUGUGCUGUUGGGAACGGAUGGCGCGGCGUCGUGGGUUCGGAAGAGCUACUUCAGGGGGUAUGAGAAGGAGCGCGGGAGGAGUUAUGCGCUUGGUCUGGCGUUUGAUCGGGGCGCGAAGGCUGGGCUGCCCUGGAGCCAACCACUCAACAUGUUCCUAACGCUGGGGCAGACGCGGUACCUGCUGAAUGCGAGCGACCACGACGGCAAGGGGUACCUCAACAUGCAGUUGACCGAGGACGAGUGGGAAAAGAUGGUAGGCGUGGAUGGAAAGCCUAUCCACUUUGGCAGUCCGGGCUGCUUUCGUCGGCCUGAUGGGAGUAUUCCGGAGGGAUUUGACGAGAGUCGAGUGUUUGCGCCCUCCGAGGCCCGGAACUCGGCGCUGUGGAAGUCGAUUGAGGACGGGUUGAAGCUGUUCGGGUUCAAGGAGAGCGAGGUCAUUAACGUUGUGCGCAUUCCAAUCGUGGUCCAGGCGGUCCGGGAGGGCGUGCGGACGCUUCCCCUGGAGGAUUCCCGCUUCGUUCAUCGCCCACAUGCUCUCGUUGCCGUGGCCGGCGACGCCGCCAUGACCGUGCACUUCUGGCCAGGACGCGGACUCAACAGCGGCAUCAAGGCGGGCAUUUCUCUGGGCGACGAGAUCUGCCACGCUCUCAGAGGCGGCAAGUUUGCCGGGCUCGAGCUGAGCGCCAUGAAGGAGUACAAUGACUUCAUCAUCAAACUUCAAGGCCGUGAGCACGACAAGCGCAGCAUCCCCAUCCUGAACCAAUCUGGGUCGCCCGAGAUGCUCGGCUGGUUGCUGAGUAAGGCACAGGCCGUGCCGGACGAGGUUGCCAUUGAAUGGCUUGUUGGUGCGAUGACGCAGAUUGCCGAGCGUCUCGAGCUUCGUCGAGACUGGUACUUCCCACAUGAGUCCAACGUCGAAGCCCAGAUCCGCAUCAUCCUGCGCCAGCUCAACAGUCUGACGCUGCGCGAAAUGGCCGUCAGCUUUCCCUGGCCCACCCGCGAGAUGGCCGGCGCCGAGGUCCUGCCCAUCCGAUCCAUGCGGCCUGAGGAGAAGCGCAAAUGGCUGCAACAGCUCUGGGAUCUUCUUACAACUGAGAAAAACAAAGAAGCAGCAGCAUCCGCCCGAGGCCGGGACCGUGCCUUGUCCACCUCCAACGCACGCUUCGAAGCUCUGCGGCCUAGGUCACGGUCAAAGUCACCCCUCCCAUCCUCCGGCUCGCCGCCAAUCCGCAGCCAAAGCCCUCUACCACCGAUCAUCAACACAUCCCAGUUGGAACCUAUUACUCAGGUCGAAACCCUCGACCUCAACACGGCGCUCGCAGACAGCACCACUAACCGCUCCCCGUCCCCGUCUCCAUCGAUUUCCCCGGCCAGCUCACUCCGUCGAAGAAACGCCACCACCACGGCCACCAACAGGCGUCUGUCCCAAUCCGGACCACUUCCAGUUCCGGCCCCUGACCGCUCAAGGCGAUUCAGCAACGCAAAGAACCUCGUUGUGCCGGGUGCCAAUAGCAGUCCGUACCCAUACUUGAGUGACGGGGAAGAGUACAUUAGCAGUGGGGACGAGAGGCAUCGGGGUUCCCGAUCGCCUUCGCUCGUUUCUUUCGGUGGUGGUUUUGGGGGAAGGGAUGGUGGGUUGACGCGGCUGUUGAGCGUUAAGAGGCCGAACGAUUCGUUCCUGGCAGAUGCUAUGUCUCUGGCGCUGUUUCGAGUUGUGGAUGAGUGA